AGACCUCUAUGCCAACAUCUACCACUACUCAGUCCCCAGCACCCACACCCACCACCACAGUGACCCCUUCCCCAUCACUCUCCAUCACAGAGACCUCACCGUCAACUUCUACAGUAACAGAAACCACAACCCCAACACCUACCACUACUCAGACCCCAACACCUCCACCCACCAUCACCACAGUGACCACAACCCCAACACCUACCACUACUCAGACCCCAACACCUACACCCAGCACCACAGUGACCACAACCCCAACACCUACCACUACUCAGACCCCAACACCUACACCCAGCACCACAGUGACCACAACCCCAACACCUACCACUACUCAGACCCCACCCCCUCCAUCCCCCACCACCACAGUGACCACAACCCCAACCCCAGCACCUCCAUCCCCCACCACCACAGUGACCACAACCCCAACACCUACCACUACUCAGACCCCAACACCUCCCUCCACCACCACCACAGUGACCACAACCCCAGUACCUACCACUACAGAGACCUCUACUCCAUCAUCUACCACUUCUCAGACCCCAACAUAUACCACCACCACAGUGACCACAACCCCAGCAUCUACACCCACCACCACAGUGACUACAACCCAAACAUCUACUGUCACAGAGCCCUCCACUCCAACAUCUACCACUACUCAGACCCCAACACCCACUACCACAGUGACCACGACCCCAGUACCUACCACUACAGAGACCUCUACUCCAACAUCUACCAUUUCUCAGACCCCAACAUAUACCACCACCACCACAGUGACCCCAACCCCAACACCCACCACCACAGAGACCUCAGCAUCUACUAG